CGAGCGCCUGAUGAUUUGGGUCGCCAUCGCCAUCGCCAUCGCGAUCGACUGCUGGCCGAUCGGAUCGAUAGAUUGUCGCUGAGCCGCAUUCUGUCGAGUGAAUUAAUUCUCUCGACCUCCUUUCGGCCGAGCAGGUGUCGUGGUGACGGGCGAGAAGAUCGCGCUCUGUGAGAAUCUCGAUCGCGCGAGACAGAGAAUCGGUGUCGAUGGAAUUGUUGUGUCUUGCGUGCAAUUCUUCAUCGAUCUGUCGUUGCGAGUAGAAGAAAUUCCUUCUCCAUCUUGAAGCACUGUCCCCAGGCCUCUGUGGCGAACGACCUUCUCGCACGGAUAUGAAGAAGAGGCGACUGAAUUCUCACUGUGAAGUGAUAGAGCUUAGGGUGUAUCGAUCGAACUUGUUGUGUUCUUCUGUCGCGGGCGAGAAUUUCAUUUCAUCCUAUUGCCAUUGCGGAGAUGGGCUUUCGGCGCUGAAGUUUCGCGUUGCAUGGUAGGCAUGAAGAACCAGGAAAGAAGUUCUUUGUGACUCGUGAGAAAUUCAUGCGAGAGACGACGAUCAAAUCUCAGCGUCCUGUCCAAUGACGGAGGCUGAGUGUCAGGCCGUGAGCAUGAGCAGCGGUUUCACCUUUCAAUCCGGUCGAUUGUAUGUGAAACACUAUGCGAGGAAUCCUUAUGCUGGGAACGAUGAGGAAGAGUGGCUCUUUCAAGAUACAGGGAUGGUGAAUCUGCCUCCUGCGUCGAUCCCGCCCGUGCCCGGCCGUAGUUCCGCUCAGGAUUCCGAACAGGGGGCAUCGACGGCAGCAGCCGAGAGGUCAAGAAGCUCUGGGUCCCCGCGGGAGAUGUGUGUAUUGGAUGAGGAUGAUCAAAUCCUGGAGAUAAAAUCCGCCAAAUUCUAUCGAUGGUCGCUUCUCAGGGACUUGUUUUUCCUGCUCGGUUGUAUUGCCACCGGGGGAAUCGCUGUUAUCGUCUGUUCGACUUGGCCUCGAGUUUACGCCAAAGCACGAUUCGUAGAAGUGUCGCAAUGUGAUGAGGCCGCAGAGCGUGUGCUCGUGGAAAGCAUGGAUGGAACCUUGACACUUGCCCACAUUCAAUGGAUCUUUACCGAGGACGAUGAGAACUUCUGGAGAUCUGCUGGCCGGGCUCUAUUCUCAUCUGACGAGUCGAUCACGAACAGGCCUCGAAUGUUCAUAUGGCGUGAAGAACGCUUCUGGUAUAAUAAUCAAACUGGCAGCUGGACACGCAGAGGUUUUAAUACGGAUGUGACGUACGCUGAACUGCACUCCGUUGCAAGCAACUGUGCCUUGAAAGAGAUUGGCCAUGAUCCGGAAGAAAAUAAGAAGUCCGAUUCUAGAGAAAGGCGAAGUCUCGUUUAUGGCCCUAAUCAACUUAGUGUGAAUGUGCCCGGAUUCUGGCAACUACUUUUGUUGGAGAUUUUCAGACCCUUCUUUUUAUUUCAGGUUUUCUCAAUCAUCUUUUGGAUCUGCUCAUCCUAUCAAAUAUACGCAUAUGUCAUCUUAAGCCUUACAGUUGUCACAGUUCUGUACAACGUGGUUGAGACUCGUCAGAACUUACUCGCUGUCAAGAAGCUUGCUGCUUCUGAAUGUGAGCUGAAAAGGCUGACGCUGGUGGCAGAUGAAACAGCUGAACUCCGGUUAAGGCCUGUUUUAGUAUCCUCUUCCCAGUUAUUGCCAGGAGAUAUUGUGCAGGUUGAAGCAGGAAUGAUUUUUCCAUGUGACCUCGUGCUUCUUGUCGGACAAUGCGUUGUCAAUGAAUCGAUGCUAACUGGAGAGAGUGCUCCUGUGCCCAAAACACCGCUCCCGUUAGGGCACGCAGCGUUUGGCCAGGUCUUUCGAACACAAUCAGAACGUGAUGGCAGAUAUAAGUUACUGUCUGGAACUAAAGCUGUACAAAUUAGGGGCUCUUCGAACCCUCAUGCAUCAUUUUCUACCUUCGAAAUGGAAGGUGAUCCUCCUGCAUCGAUUUGGCAGUUCGUGUCGCCUCGAUCGACAAAUUUGGAUCCCUUGGCUAUCAAGGAGGAAGCCACUCCAGUUGCAGCUAUGGUGAUCAGUACAGCAUAUGGAACAGCUAAAGGACAGCUUGUUCGAGCUAUUCUUUUCCCUAAACCGUCCAAAUAUGACUUCGAAAGGAAGCUUUACUACUUUGUUGCGAACCUUGGCGUCUACUUGAUUCUGGUUUGCGUUGUCACGAUAUUUUGGCAAGCUGGUCGGGAGACCAAAAUUGACAUCUUCAAAAACUGCAUCAACCUUAUUACCAUUGCUGUUCCACCAGCUCUGCCCCUCGCUCUUUCGAUUGGUCUGUCAGUUUCUUUCACACGUCUGCAAACAAAGGGAAUAUACUGCAUAAAUCCAAAUCGCAUAAUCAACGCAGGACGUGUAAAUACUUUGUGUUUUGACAAAACUGGGACACUCACUGAGGAUGGUUUGAGUCUGAAAGGAGUGAUACCGGUUAACUGCGGUGGAAAUCAGACUGUACCUAGUUGUGGAACCAUGGAAGAGGACCUUCAGGCUUUAUAUCGUCAGGGUAAUCAAGCUAUGUUAUCCGCGCAAGGGGAUACUUCAGAUGAUAAAACCGCUCUCUCCUCUCUUGGACUAUUUUACACGUUGGCGGCGUGUCACAGUAUUUCCCUUUUGGAUGAAACAGCAGCUGAGGCUGACUGGAAAAAUAAUGAAGGAUCGACUGAUGAGCUUGGCGACAAAAGCCAAGGUUGGAAGAAAUGGUUGUGCAUGGGUCGGAGGAAAUCUGGGUCUGGGAGCUCCUACAGUAAACAGAGAGCUCUCCGGAAGGAGGAAGAAGAGUUGAAAUCUACCAUUCAUUUCAUUGGAGAUCCGCUGGAGAUCCAAAUGUUUUCAAAAACAGGCUGGAAUCACUUGAUCCGUCCAGAUGACCCAGUAAUACGUACAGAAGAUAUCACAGAUCCGCCUAUCAUUUGGACAAAUAUGCACCCCUCAGUUGAGACAGCAAUCAUCCCUCCUCAAGAGGUUGAUUCUCAUCAAAUCCUUGCGGUAUUGAGACGUUUCGACUUUGACUCAGAAAUUCGCUUGAUGAGCAGCAUUGUGCUUGAACUGCCGUCUUCCAAAGCAACUUUUGAGGAAUCCAGAAUCUGGGUGCUGGUGAAAGGAGCACCAGAGAGUUUGCAGGAAAUUUGUACUGCCGAAUCUUUACCUCAAGACUUCACUUCUCAGCUCCAAGAACUUACACUAAGUGGUUACCGUGUUCUUGCAUGUGCGUACCGGCUGCUUGAGUCCGUUACCUUGCAACAGGUAUUGGUCGCAAAUCGUAGCCAGAUGGAGACAAGCUUAACUUUUUGUGGUUUUAUGGCCAUGGAGAAUAAGCUGAAGGCAGAAACCUCAGGCGUUUUACUUCAGUUGGCUAAAGCUGGUCUACGAGAAGUGAUGGUGACAGGGGACAACCCUUUGACUGCAAUUUCUGUUUCCAGGCAAUGUGGCCCUUUCUUUCUGAGAUCCUCAUGCCGGACAUUCCUAAUCGAUCGUGCUGCUGAUUCGCAUUCGGUGACAUGUAAGAGUGGGUGUGUAUUGAAGGAUGUGGAUUCCGAAAGAGAGUGCGACCUUGAUACUAUCUUCCCUUCUUACUUGGAAGUUGAUGAAGUGGCUGUUAGUCCUGGGAGAGAAAGUACCUUGGGUACAAUGGCUCCUGUAAAUAUAGCUGUCACGGGACGCGCGUUUUCUGCUCUCUCGGUACAACAUGAUCAGUUGAUGGAGCAGUACAUGGAGAAAUCCGGUUCUAAGCAUUUCAAAGUCACUGAUUGCGUCACCCCGUUUCAGAUGGUCCUGACCCAAGCAAAUAUAUUCUCUCGAAUGUCACCACAGAACAAACUUGAACUUAUGCGCAGUCUACAGGAUGUAGGCUACGUUGUGUGCAUGACAGGAGAUGGAGCAAAUGACUCAGGUGCACUGAAAGCCGCUGAUGUCGGUAUCAGCAUUGCCAGCAAAGCAGUGGAGAGUACAGAUAUAAUGGCAGCUGGACCUAGUAUUGCUGCGCCGUUUUCUACAAAGCUGGCUCACAUUGGUGUUGUUCCCAUGGUUCUUGCUGAAGGCCGAUGUGCACUUGUUAAUGCGACAGUUAUGUUCAAAUACAUGUACUUUUACGCCCUCAUUCAGGCGACGUCUGUUAUGGUUCUGUACAAAUAUCAGUUAGAGUUAUUUGAGUAUCAGUAUUUAUGGGCAGAUUUAGGCCUCGUGUUUCCCAUGGUUCUAUUCAUGCCUGCCACUCAACCCCGUCAAGAGCUAUCUCGAGGAAAGCCCGAGAGUAACUUGCUGGCGCUGCCGAUUUUGAUAAGUGUGUAUGGGCAGAGUUUCUUCAUCAUGUUAUUUCAGGCAAUGGCGCAAGUGUAUCUACAGCAUCAGAGCUGGUAUGAGAAUCCAAACGAUCAUGCUCAUGGUACUCAUACAGCAAACGAACCAAAUUACACUUCAGAUCACAAUCAAAACAGCACCGUGUCAUUCCUCUUCUCCUCAUUUCAGUACAUAAGCAUGGCUAUGGCACUGAGCCAAAGUUUUGGGAUGUUCAGGUGUUCACCAUUCAGCAACAUUCCUUUAAUUGCUUCUAUGAUAUGUCUAUACGUACUCUCUUCGGUCUUCAUGUUGAAGCCGAUGCGAUUCUCUAUCAAAGCUUUUAGCCUAAUCGAUCUUUCGGAUCACACACACUUUCUGUACGGACUAUGGGUUAUGGCUAUAGGGAACUCGCUUCUCUUCAUUAUAUUUGAACGGUAUUCAGUCAAUCAUAAGUCUACAGAGCUUGACAUGGCCAAUACACAUGAUGAAGAAAUGGAGGUCGGUCACAUUGUACGCUCGCCCUCCACGUUCAACAAUCUCAUGACGGUGAUGAAGGGUGAAGGAGAAACAUGCAGCCCUUUGAAGCCUGUGGUACCAGAUUUUUUUCGGAUUGCUAAAAUUGCUAGUCCAGUUUGGUCUCGAGUUUCAAACAUAUGAUGCUCGAGGUCACCAUCAGAACAAUCUUGACCUUGUAUUGAGUGUUCAGUAAGGUUCAUCAACCUCAAUUGCCAACGAUCUACAUAGUAUACACAAAACAAACAGAUGCGAAGCAGACAUGCGUCUAUGGUGAACUCUACAAAUUCUCAGGAUUACUUGCCAAGGCAAGAUCGCUUUGGCAAGUAAUAUUUCCGGUAGCAGAUCAUCCAGAAACCCGGCCUUCUGGUAUUUGACGAUCACUGAUAGUGCUCUUUGUUGUCCAGCAUCGACAAACUGCCACAUGUACAUCCGUGUUGAUCUUACUUCUGUACAUUACAUAAAGUCGAAAAUUUGACAAGGUCGUUGAAUCAUCACGCUGUUGGUGAUGC